GUCUCCUCCCCUAACGUCGCCUUCAUUUUGUGAAAACGCAGUUCAACAUUUCUGCAACGAAGCAUUUAGAAAAUACAAUUGUGUGAGAUCAGGAGAUACCAGGAAAAGGGGUGUGUUGGCCUAAAAUGAGUUCCAGUGAAGAAGAGGACCAUGGCUGUGAGCCUGUGGGCCCCAUGCAGCAGAAGAGAUCACACUCCCCUGUACCGAGCUGUGUGUCCAUGAAGAGUGACUGGUCCUUGGAACAGCCAUUAAACUUUGCUGGAGGAGGUGUUCCUGCUGGUCAGAGUUCCAUUCAGCAGAAGGGCUCUUCUUCCCCUGUACCAAGCUGCGUGUCCAUGAAAACUGACCGGUCCAUGGGGGAACCACUCCACUUUGAAGAAGGAGUUAUUCCUGCUGAUCAGAGAUAUCAGCAGAUCCACAAAUCCCACCUGCAGAAGAAGUUUCAGAGCCUGAUUGAGGGAAUCACGCAGCAGGAAGAGAUCAGACUCCUCCAGGAGAUCUACACAGAGCUCUACAUCACAGAGGGGGGAGGAGGAGAGGUCAAUGAUGAACAUGAGGUCAGACAGAUAGAGAGGGCAUCCUGGAGAGAAGCAGCACAAGGCACACCAAUCAGAUGCAGGGACAUCUUUAAACCCUUAUCUGGACAAGACAAACAUAUCAGGACAGUGCUGACAAAGGGAGUGGCUGGCAUUGGAAAAACAGUGUCUGUGCAGAAGUUCAUUUUGGACUGGGCUGAAGGAAAAGCCAAUCAGGACAUCCACUUCAUAUUUCCUCUUCCUUUCCGGGAGCUGAACCUGAUGAAGGAGAAGAAACUCAGUCUGGUGGAUCUUAUUCAACACUUCUUCCCAGAAAUCAAAGAUCCCAGGUUCUUCACCAGUUCGGAUCCCAGAGUCAUGUUCAUCUUUGAUGGUCUGGAUGAGUGUCGCCAUUCUCUAGAUUUCCACUUCAAACCAGAGUGUAACGAUGUGACAGAGCCAGCCUCAGUGGACGUGCUGCUGACAAACCUCAUCAAGGGUAAUCUGCUUCCAUCUGCUCUCCUCUGGAUCACUACCCGACCAGCAGCAGCCAAUCAGAUCCCUCUUCAGUGUGUGGACCAGAUGACAGAGAUAAAGGGAUUUAAUGACCCACACAAAGAGAUGUACUUCAGGAAGAGAAUCAGUGAUGAGAACCUGGCCAGCAGAACCAUCAAACACCUGAUGUCAUCCAGGAGCCUCUACAUCAUGUGCCACAUUCCAGUCUUCUGCUGGAUUUCAGCCACUGUUGUAGAGAGAACAUCAGAAGAAUCAGAAAGUGUAGAAAUACCAAGGACUUUGACUCAAAUGUAUGCACGCUUCCUGAUCAUUCAGACAAGCAUAACAAAGGACAAGUAUCUAGAGAGAAAAGAGACAGAUGAAGAGGUGAUUUUUAAAUUGGGGAAACUGGCUUUCCAACAGCUGGAGAAGGACAAUCUGAUCUUCUAUGAGGAAGACCUGAGAGAAUGUGGCAUUGACGUCACAGAAGCAUCAGUGUAUUCAGGAGUGUGUACUCAGAUCUUCAGAGAGGAGUCUGGGCUGUACCAGGGGAAGGUGUUUAGUUUUGUGCAUCUGAGCAUCCAGGAGUUUCUAGCAGCUCUAUAUGUGUUCCUCUGCUUCAGCAACAGACAGAUAAAUAUGCCUGACCAACAGCAAACAUCUCAGCUCUCUGCUCUGUUCAGAGCUGCAACACUUCAUGACCUACACACGACUGCAGUGGAUUUGGCCUUACAGAGUGAGAAUGGACACCUGGACCUUUUCAUCCGCUUCCUUCUGGGCCUCUCAUUGGAGUCUAAUCAGAAUCUCUUAGGGCACCUACUGCCACAGAGCAGUAGCCAAUCAGAUAGCUCAGAGCAAAUAGUGCAGUAUGUCAAAGAGAAAAUCAGAGAUCAGAGUAGCUCAGACAGAAGGAUCAACCUGUUCUACUGUCUGAAUGAGCUAAAUCACCAUGCUGUAUUGGAGGACAUUGACAGGAGCUCAAGAACUCUGUAUAUAGACAUGCUCUCACAAGGAGAGUGGGAGACUAGGAGAUUUGAGUUUAAGAUGCCAGAAGAGCAGUUGGCUGGGUUUGAUCUCCAGAAUUACAUAAAGACACCAGAGAAAGAUCAGACUGAAUACCUCUGUGCAGAUGAAGUUCUUCAGAAGCUAAUGCCCGUGGUCACAGCGUCCACAUCAGCUCUGCUUUGGAGAUGUAAACUGACUGAGAAAAGCUGUUCCUAUCUGGCCUCUGCCCUGACCUCAUACUCCUCAAGUCUCAGACUGCUGAACCUGAGUUACAAUGAGCUGCUAGACACUGGAGUGGAACUCUUAUGUUCUGCACUUUGUCAUCAAAACUGCAAACUGGAAGAACUAGAGCUUUGGAGGUGUAAUCUGACUGAGAAGAGCUGUUCCUAUCUGGCCUCUGCUCUGACCUCACACUCCUCAAGUCUCAGACAGCUGAAUUUGAGUGAGGAUGUUCUGCUGGACUCUGGAGUGGAAUGUUUAUGUUUUGCACUUUGUCAUCAAAACUGCAAACUGGAGGAACUACAGCUGAUGCGCUGUAAUCUGACAGAGAAGAGCUGUUCUCAUCUGGCCUCUGCUCUGACCUCACACUCCUCAAGUCUCAGACUGCUGGACCUGAGUGGCAAUGACCUGCUGGACUCAGGAGUUGAACAUUUAUGUUCUGCACUUGGUCAUACAAACUGCAAACUGGAGGACCUACAGCUGACCAACUGUAAGCUGACAGAGAAGAGCUGUUCCUAUUUGGUGUCUGCUCUGACCUCACGCUCCUCAAGUCUCAGACAGCUGAACCUGAGGGCCAAUAACCUGAGGAAAUCAACUGUAGAGCAGCUCUCUGCUCUAGUGGAGGACCCACACUGUAAAUUAGAGAAACUAGAGUUAUGGAAUUGUGAGCUGACAGAUAUGAGCUGUUCCUAUCUGGCCUCUGCUUUGUCCACACACUCCUCAAAUCUCAGAGUGCUGAUCCUGGAGGGCAAUAAGGAGAUUAGUAAAUCAGCUGUAGAGCAGUUCUCUGCUCUAGUGGAGGACCCACACUGUAAACUGGAGAGACUAGAAAGCAAUUGGGGGACCAUAGAGCGUUCAAGCAUACAGACACCCACCUCUGUCUUGUCUGCAGAAUGCCUGGGAAGAAACAUGAGCAUGUCCCCAGCUUCCAGCAGCUCACGAGAAACAGCCUCUUCCUGAGGGGAGCACAAAACACACACACACACACACACACACACACACCAGCAGCACACAGGAAACAGCCCAACACACACACACACACACACACACACACACACACACUCACACACUAGCAGUACACAGGAAACAGCCUCUUUCUGAGAGGAGCUCAGCACACUUUUCUGCAGAAUGUCUGGGAAGAAACAUGUCCCCAGCUUCCAGCACAACUCGCUAACAUAAGCUUUAAGCGCAUCAAAAUGGAUAAAUGAAGUGCAUGCAGGGUAGGAGGCUACUAGGUUCUUAGCAGAGCCUUCUCUUUGACAAGUGCUUGUAUUUAGGCCUAUACUAUAAUAUAGAGAUUAUGUAGCCUAGACUCGGACUACCAGUGAGUUAGAGAGAGCGAGUUAGUACAGUCUUAUUCACUUGCAGUGCUCCGGCACUUAGUUCAAUACACAUAUUUAAGGGUGCCAGGGUACUGCCAGGAUUGCGUGUGAUUGUAGUGGGCCGUUCGGGCCAAAAAUGCCCGGGCCGAUUUUUUGUCCCAGUCCAGCCCUAGUGUGUGUGUGUGUGUGUGAGAGAGUAGAGGAUAUUGAUAUUCAGAUGUUUAACUCUGUUCCAGACUGGGUGGCUGUAAUCUGGUGGGGAAGAGCUGUUCCUAUCUGGCCUCUGCUCUGACCUCACAUUCCUCAAGUCUCGGAGUGCUGGACCUGAGUCAGAAUAUCCUGCUUAGUGAA